AUGGACUCCUUCACAGAAUACGAAGACUUUGCAUUCAUCUCGCUAGAGCAUCCAGACUUGUCUGAGGUAGCUGUACGCGAAUUCGUCGAUUCUUCAGACCUAGGCACGGAGGCCAAUCCUAUCGUGAUUGAAGACGAUCCUGCUCCGCUAGGCUCGGAAUCUAAUCCUAUCGUGAUCCACGUCGAAGAGCACCGAAGCUAUUCUGAGACUGAGCGACUUAGUUCUGAUAGAGACACGGAAAUCAUCUCAGAGUCUUCAUGGGAGCGACACGUUGACAUAGCUGGUCGUUCGACCCCUAUCCCAGUGCCGACUCAAUUGUCGGCCUGCAAAGACCCGGAAGAGCCGCAAGCGUCCGGGCAAUCACCCGCAAAUCACCUCCACCUGGACGGCCAAAACCUGGAAAUGGCCGGGAAUCGUUUCCAUGUCGAGCACAGCCCUAGUCAGGAGUAUGGAAAGGGCAAAGAGGCAAACCAGCGAAGGAGCGAGCAAGGAGAUGAUUUGAAAGUAGAGAAACCCGCGAAAAUUCUCAGCUUGCUUGAAACCGUGGUUCCCAGCGAUUCAGCGAGUAUACUGAGCAUGAUCGAACCCGACUCUAACAACCGGACAGCCCUUUGGUAUGCUGUUUCCGAAUGCAACGUAACAGCAGUGGAGCUACUACUUAGGAGCGGAGCAGACGCACUCUCAGUAGAUUGCGAAGGAAUUACUCCGCUGAAUUGUGCAAUACUGCGAGAUAAUAUAUGGAUUACACGACUCAUAUUAGAGCACUUGACCACUUGCUUUUCCACGACAACAUUUCUUAACAACAAAGAUGUCAACGGCUCCGAGUUACCACUAUCCCUGUCUGCUCAGUUCGCACGUACACGGAUGAUCGAGCUCCUACUCGAAUUUGGUGCAGACGUAAAUGCGGUCAAUUGCCACGAACAGACUCCUUUGCACCAAGCGGUACAUCAAGGGCAUAUCAGUGCCGUUGAAUUACUACUUAACCAGCAAGGCAUUGAUCUACAAGCACAGAACAACUACGGAUCUACUGCUCUUCACAUCGCUACCAAGCAAAACAAUUCUUCUAUUGUGGAUUUGCUUUUGGCUCAUCCGGAUAUCGAUAUCAACUGCCAAGACAAUCACGGGAAUACACCUCUCUGGUGGUCUACUCGGCUAGAGGAUAAUGGCAUCUCUAGCCGACUGCUAGCCAGAAACGGCGUGGAUCUUAAUGCUAUCGGCCAAAAGAACGGUCUAUAUACAACAGCUCUCUAUCAUGCUGUAGAAAGAGGAAAUUAUUUGCUUGCAAAACAGCUUGUUAAACAGCCAGAGCUAGACCCAAACAUCCUUGGGUCUUUCCAUUGGACACCCCUAGGACACGCCGCACGCGAUGGCAAUGUUGAUAUGGUCGAGCUACUGCUUGAAAGACAUGAUAUUCGUGUUAAUGCAGAAGGUUCGGGCGAGUGCUCUCCUCUUUGGCUCGCCACAAAAUAUGGUAGAACCAAGGUGGUAGAACUCCUACUACAGCAGGAGCGAUUGGAUAUCAACUGUCAAACAAACAAAGACAAUGAAACUGCAUUAUCAGCGGCAGCUUGCUCCGGGGAUCUACCUAUCGUGAGGCUCCUUUUGAAGGACACACGAAUAGAUAUCAAUGCUGUGAACAAAGCGGGCAAAACUGCAAUCUGGCUCGCUGCUUCAAACGGACACUUCACAGUCGUUAUGGAGCUCUUGCGGGAUUCAAGGCUUUGCUGCGAUGCGGAAUAUAUCGCUAUGGCGGGCAAUAAGUAG